AUGAACACCUCUGUAGGUGCUUCAACCUGCAGCAACAUCUCCUGCUUCAAGGUUAGAGACACUCUUGAGACAGCAGUGGCAAAAAACACAAUCAUUGUCCUCCUGUGCAUCUCCAUCAACUUCAUCAACGGGACUCUGGUGUACGUGUUCUUCAAGAAUGAGAUCCUCUACCAAAAUUCCCGCUACAUCCUCUUCAUCCACAUGGUUCUCAAUGACAUGAUCCAAUUGACCAUUGCCGUACUCUUGCAUGUGUUCAGCUAUGUGUUUUUUACCAUUAACGUCUCUUUCUGCUGCGUCAUGUUGUUGAUUGCCAUCUUCACCACAAUCAACACCCCUCUGAACCUGGCAGGCAUGGCCAUCGAGCGCUACAUCGCCAUCUGCCACCCCCUGCGCCACUCCCAGAUCUGCACUGUGCGCCGCACCUACGUCCUCAUUGCCCUCAUCUGGACCCUGGGCGCCAUUCAGAUUCUGCCAGAUCUGUUUGUGAUCCUGGCAACAGAACCUUUCGCUUUCUUCCACUCCACUGUUUUUUGUUUGCGGGACACGGUUUUCCGGCAUCCAGUCCUACUGAAAAAGAAGACCAUCUUGCACACUGUGUACCUGUGUUUUGUCUGGCUCACCCUCGUGUACACGUAUUUCAGGAUCCUGUUCGCAGCCAAGGCUGCCAGAGCAGACGCUAGAAAGGCUCGCAACACCGUCCUGCUGCACGCCGCCCAGCUCUUUAUGUGCAUGUUCACUUACAUAGGACCCCUGCUGGAGGGCAUUCUCUUUUACAUUUUCCCAAAGCACCAGUUAGAAGUGCAAUUCGCUAUUUAUCUAUUUGUUCAAGUGUUGCCCAGAUUCUUGAGUCCCAUUAUCUAUGGAAUCAGAGACCAGACUUUUAAAAAAUAUCUACAAAAUUACUUCUGUCUGUGUAAAAUAUGUAAAUUUAGACAAUCCAGCUCUUCCUAA